UUAGAGGUAACCCUAGAGAUAACGGGAACCGCUGCCAUUGCCGCUUGUCAGGGAGAUUACGACCGUUUGUUCUAAGGAGAAGACGAUCGUUCGUCGAUUCGUCGCUUGUUCUAAGAAGACGAUCUCUCGUUGUUUGUACCAGUAGAAGACGAUUACAACCAGGGCUUCUUCGAUCCAAGAAGACUGUCGUGAAGGGCUUCGAUUCUACCAGAGGGUUUUCUUGCUUAAGUCUUGGAGUUCCGACAUCUGAUUUCACCGAUUUCGAAAGCUGUAUUCAGAUCUGAAGUGGGUAUUCCCGAGCUAUCCUUAUCAGUGAAAUGCCUCAAAGACACUCGAAGAACAACAAUGAUCUUGCUUUCUUCACCUAUGAUGAGAAGAAGAAACUAGGUUAUGGAACACAGAAGGAGAGACUUGGAAGAGAUUCGAUUAAGCCUUUUGAUUCCUGCUGUCUCUGUCUCAAGCCUUUCAUUGACCCCUUAUGUUGCCAGAAAGGCCAUACUUUCUGCAAAGAAUGCAUUCUAGAGUGCUUACUGUCUCAGAAGAAAGACAUUCAAAGGAAGCAAGUUGCACAUAAUGCCCAGCAGAAGCAAGAGAAAGAGGAGGAAGAAGAGAAAUCAACGUUACAGAAAGCGAAAGAAUUGGAUGCAUUUGAUCAGCAAAACCAUGGUGCAGUUCCCCAGUAUAAUGACAAGAACUACAGCAUAGUCAAGAAUAGUGGCUUCCAUGGAGCAAACAGUGUAAAGACAACCUCUUACGAAGAAGAAGCGCUUAGAACCAUGAAAGCGUUCUGGCUUCCAUCUGCUACACCUGCAGCCCCUACUAAAGUGGAUGCCCCACCAGCCAGCACGACUUGCCCUGAAGGAAGUGAAAAACUCAAGUUGAAGAGCCUUUUCCCAAUCCAUUUCACAGAAGAUAACAAUCAUCAAGGCAAGAAAUCCAAUUUUCUGACAAGAAGUUACAUCUGCCCGAGUUGCAAGGCGACUCUUACUAACACAAUCUCGCUUGUGGCCCUGAGCUCGUGUGGGCAUGUUUUCUGCAAGAAAUGUGCGGGUAAGUUCAUGGCUGUGGACAAGGUGUGUCUGGUUUGUGACAAGCCGUGUAAAGAGAGGAACUUGAUUGAUUUGGAAAAAGGAGGUACUGGCUUUGCUGCCCAUGGAGAUAACCUAAUGGCAACUGAUUUCAAGCAUUUGGGUAGUGGCAGUGGUUUGGGCCUUGUCAGACCUCCCACAAAAACAUGAACCUAAACAAAAGGUCUGUUUUAAUCUAAAUUUUCGUUUUGAAUUUUGCUUUGUAUUCAACUUAUUCUUAAUCUCUCCUUUCUAUGAACUAAGAAUGUUGUCAUAAACUAGCUGCUUUCAUAUGCAAUGUUUGUGUAUUUUGAUUCGGAUAUGAAUGAGCCAUCAAAUUUUAUCCCAUUUGGGAUUAGAAAUUUGAAAAUCAAGUAAUGUAUAUGUUCAAGCUCAUAUGUGGGGUUAUGACUCUUUUUACAUUAAAACAAUAAUACAAGAUCAAUUGGUAUAA